UCUCAAAUACUAAAUUUUUAUUUGAAUAAAUGAAAAGGAGUAUUGUACAUGUCACACUAAUAAUCGAUUCAUACAUGCAAUGCAAUUGAGCACAUAGGAGCAGGAGAAAAGAACAUCUUUAUUAUUUCCUCAACCUCUCACUCUUUUAAGAGUUAUUUAUAUAUUAUUUAAGUCAUUAUUUCUCCAUUUUCGCUCCAAUUCAAUUCACUUCGCACCAUAGUUCUGCCGCCAUGGCUGCAACUCCAACAUCCUCUCUAUUUUCAUUCUCACUCAACCCGCACCUUGCUCCAAACCACAGACCCUUCAUCCUUCAACCUCUCAAACCCCACUCACCUUUACACAAAUCUCCCAAAUGCAUCCAUUCAAACUCUUCCAAACGUAACAACCCUAUUUCCUGCAACGCCGUCACUUUUCCCCAUUUAGAAACCUCUGAACUCGUCAUUCCUUCCAAGCUCCGCCAUCUCGCGAAAGAGUUCCGAUCGUUACCGGAGCCGGUGGAGCGGGUGAAGCGUCUGAUGCACUACGCCGGAAUCACACCGCCGAUGGACAAGUCAUCGCGUGUCGAUAAUAACCGGGUUAUGGGCUGCACUGCUAGGGUGUGGGUGGAGGUGAAGGUCGACGGUGAAGGGAAGGUGAAAUUUGUGGCGGAUAGUGACUCGGAGAUCACGAAAGGGUUUUGCGCGUGUUUGGUUUGGGUUCUUGAUGGGUCGGAGCCGGAAGAGGUUUUGAAAGUGACGACCGAUGAUUUGGUGGCUCUAAAUGUUGGGUUGCCGGGGACUGGUCGUUCUAGGAUGAACACGUGGCAUAAUGUUCUUGUAACAAUGCAAAAAAAGACCAAACAAUUGCUUGCUGAAAUGGAAGGGAAGCUUCCGUUUGAAGCUUUUCCUUCGUUAAUUGUUACCGCUGAUGGUGUUUUUCCUAAGGGUAGUUACGCCGAAGCGCAGGCAAAAUACUUGUUCCCUAAUGAGUUAAAAGUUGAUGAACUAGUCAAUGUGCUCAAGGAGAAGAAAAUUGGUGUUGUUGCACAUUUUUACAUGGAUCCUGAAGUUCAAGGCAUUUUAACCGCUGCUCAGAAGCAAUGGCCUCAUAUCCAUAUAUCCGAUUCACUGGUCAUGGCAGAUUCAGCAGUCAAAAUGGUGAAAGCUGGAUGCAAAUUCAUAACAGUGUUAGGUGUGGACUUUAUGUCGGAAAAUGUGCGCGCCAUCCUUGAUCAAGCUGGUUUUAAUGAGGUUGGUGUGUAUCGGAUGUCAAAUGAGCGUAUCGGCUGUUCUCUGGCUGAUGCUGCAGCUACCUCUACUUAUAUGGAGUAUCUUGAACCAGCUUCUAGGUCAACUUCUUUGCAUGUCAUAUACAUUAACACUAAGUUAGAGACAAAGGCAUAUGCUCAUGAGCUUGUGCCAACAAUAACCUGUACUUCAUCAAAUGUUAUCCAGACCAUUCUACAGGCAUUUGCUCAAGUGCCAGACUUGAGCGUAUGGUAUGGGCCUGAUUCUUACAUGGGUGCAAAUAUCAAGGAAUUGUUCCAACAGAUGACACAAAUGACUGAUGAAGAGGUUAAUGCAAUUCAUCCGGCGCAUAAUGUAGACUCUAUAAGAUCAUUACUACCGCGACUUUACUAUUAUCGGGAUGGAUCAUGCAUUGUUCAUCAUCUAUUUGGCCAUGAAGUUGUGGAGAAGAUAAAAGAAAUGUAUUGUGAUGCAUUUCUUACUGCUCAUCUUGAGGUACCUGGAGAGAUGUUUACAUUGGCAAUGGAAGCAAAAAGAAGGGGAAUGGGGGUAGUAGGCUCCACCCAGAAUAUUUUGGAUUUCAUAAAAGACAGGGUUCAGGAAUCUUUGGAUAGAAACAUCAAUGAUCAUCUCCAAUUUGUUUUAGGAACAGAAUCAGGGAUGGUGACUUCAAUUGUGGUGGCGGUUCGAAGUUUAUUAGAGCCUGCAAAGUCCUCUUCUGAAGGAGCUAAAGUUACAGUUGAAAUAGUCUUUCCAGUUUCAUCAGACUCAAUCUCGACAACAACCCCGAGUCUCCACUCAGUUCAAAUGGGUGAUAUCAUACUUCCUGUUGUACCAGGAGUAGCUAGUGGAGAGGGUUGUUCCAUUCACGGUGGUUGUGCGUCUUGUCCAUACAUGAAGAUGAAUUCUCUUAGCUCACUCCUGACAGUUUGCCAUAACCUACCUGACAAAGAAAAUAUGUUGUCUGCAUACAAAGCCGAGCAAUUUAACUUGCAGACUCCAAAUGGAAAAUCAGUGGCAGAUGUUGGAUGUGAACCAAUUUUGCAUAUGAGGAACUUCCAGGCUACUAAAAAGCUUCCGGAGAAGCUAGUUGAUCAGAUUCUUCGUCCAAAAGACAGUGGAAGGUCGGCAUGAGAAACUAUGCUGGUUGAUCAGAUUCUUCAUCCUUAAGAAGCUGGUUGAUCAGCUUGUUCCAGAGAAAUAAUGCUAUCUAUAUAUGCAGACAGAAAUGUAUGCUGCUCUAUUAUGAGCAAUUCCAAGUUGCAACCUGCAACAAAAGCUGGGUCUGUGUGAGGUCUUUGCUUAUAGCAAGGGUUGUAGUUGUCACAGCCAGAUUUUUUAGUGUAGGAAACUUCUAAUAUUGAUUAUUAUCACAAAACAUAGUUCGGUAUCAGAUAUAGAGAAAUGAAUGAAAUGGCAGCAUUUAGGGAUUAUGCCCCCCCACUAUGAAAAAAUAAAUAAAUGUACACAAGCUAUGGGCUCAGGGCUUUUUUGUAUUGAAGGCACGAGAGCUAUAGAUCUAACAACGUGAGUCCAUCUUGCAACUUUCAGAGUUAUAAAUGAAGGGCAAUACAAUAUAUAUCGAUAAAUUA